CCUCAAUGUGUCUGGGAGGGACAAAGGCUUGCCUUUCAAUCGCAUUGAGAUACGCAAGUUCUCGAUUGGCAGUUGGUGCUAAUGGAAAGAGUGAUACUCCAAUUCUCGCGUACCAACUUCAACAACGCGCGUUAUUGCCGUUACUAGCCAACACAAUAGCUCUCAAUAUAGGACUAAAUUAUUGUAAAGACAGAUGGGCUACUCAAGCAAAUACCGCAGAAGUUGUACGUCUAUGUUGUGUUAUUAAACCGUUAGUCACUUGGAAUUUUGAAAAAGUUGCUACGACCUCUAGAGAGCGUUGUGGUGGUCAGGGAUAUUUGAGUAUUAAUCGGUUUGGUAGUUUUAUUGGAUUUGCGCACGCCGGUAUGACUGCUGAAGGAGAUAAUAGUGUUUUGAUGCAAAAAGUGGCCAAGGAGUUGUUAGCUGAUGUCCAGAGUGGUGCUGUUAAAUUACCAUCUGCACCUGAGCCUGAAAAAGCUCAAUCAUGGGAUAUAAGUAUACUGGAGAAUUUAUUGAAUUUAUUCAGGCUACGGGAGCAAAUCUUACUAAAUGAACUUCAAUCAAAUUUGUCCAACAAAAUUGGUGCUGGUUCGAUUCUCUUUGAAGUUUGGAUGAAACAAGAAUCCGAUAACAUACAAUCCCUUGCCCGUGCACAUGGUGAACGGAUAGUUCUUGAGCAAGUUUUAAAAGCAACAACUGAAUUAGAUAUAGAUGCCAAGACACUCUUAUUAAUCGUUGCUCGUCUGUAUGCCCUUAAUCAACUUGACACCUAUCUCGCUUGGUACAUAACAAAUGGAUUGGUGUCUAUAAAAUCAGCGAGACUGGUACAGCCAAUGAUCCGAGAAAUUGUCGCUUCUCUGGCACCGUAUAGUAUUCAAAUUGUGGAUGCGUUAG